CCACUUGCCUGCUCCCUGCUCCCUCGCCGAGUUCAACGCGAUGGACGCGUUGUUCCGCCCCAUUGCCGACCUGGUGGGCGCAUCGGUCGACCAGCUCAAGCUCAUCUUCUGCUUGCUGGUCGCCUACCCGCUGGGCAGCCUGUACAUCCGGGUUCCCUCAUCCAAUCCUAGUGCACGACAUCUGUUUAGCAUCGCUACUGCGUUCUUCUUCUAUGUCCCCGUGCUGAACAUCCCGGGCGCGUUCGCGCAGCUGCUAGCGGACAUGUUAUUCACGUACGCGAUGGCGCGGUAUAACACGAGUCGGGAUAUGCCUUGGGUCGUUUUCUGGGUGCUUAUGGGACACCUCACUGCAAACCAUGUUAUUCGCGUCAUUUAUAACCUCAGCUACGAGACGAUUGAGGUCACCGGCUCGCAGAUGGUCCUCGUCAUGAAGCUCACGACCUUCGCCUGGAACAUUCACGACGGGCGUCAAAAAGCCGAGGACCUCGACAAGUGGCAGCUCGCGCGCCGCGUCGUGGACUACCCGUCCCUCACCGCAUUUCUUGGAUAUGCACUCUACUUCCCCGGCGUGCUGGUUGGGCCGUACCUCGACUACUCGGAGUACAAUGAACUCGUCACAGACGCUCUGUACAAGGGCGUGCAAGUCGCGCCUGGCCAGCGUCGUGUGCCCCGAGGCCGCAAGCGCGUCGCGUACCGCAAGAUGGUCAAGGGCCUCAUCUUUCUGGGCCUCUUCGUGCUCUUCGGCGGCACCUAUAACUUCAGCGCGAGUCUUCAGCCGUGGUUCAUCAACCUUCCGUACUGGCAACGCUUUGUGACCUUCCAAGUGUUCGGCUUCUUCGAGCGAUGCAAGUACUACGCGAUUUGGACGCUAACUGAGGGCGCGUCAAUUGUUACUGGCUUCGGCUUCACUGGCUUUACGCCUCAAAUGCGCUCGACGUGGGACGGCGCGGCAAACAUUCACGUUCGCGAGGUUGAAUUCGCGGAGAACUUCAAGGUCUUGCUCGACAACUGGAACAUCAAGACGAAUAUCUGGUUGAAGGAGUGUAUCUACAAACGUGUGACGCCCAAGGGCAAGAAGGCCGGCUUUAAGAGCAGCGUCCUCACUAGUUUGACGAGCGCCUUCUGGCAUGGCGUGCAAUCCGGCUACUACCUCACUUUCCUCACCGGCGCCUGCAUCACUUCUCUCGCCCGCCUCGUGCGCAAGAACGUACGACCCCUACUCCUCCCCGCACCCGGCCAAGCGCCCUCUCUCGCAAAGCGCGCUUACGACCUCGGCGGGAUCGUCCUCACCAACUGCAUCCUAAAUUACGCCGCGGCGCCCUUCAUGCUCCUCACCGCAAGCGCGUCCAUUGAGUGUUGGCGGCACCUCGCGUGGUACGGGCACAUCAUCGUCUUCGGUGGCCUCAUCUUUUUCUACGCGGGCGGCGCGCAUCUGUGCCGGGUGUUGUUGGAGAGGGAGGGGAAGAAGCCGCGGGCGUCGGGGACGGCGACGCCGGCUGAGCCGGAUAUGAUGCCGCCUGCACUGGAGGAGGUGUUCCCGCCGAAGGAGUAGAUGUUGUCGAGGAUGCUCGAGUAGAUGAGUAGAGGGUGCUCGGGAUGACGAUCUACGACGUUUACGCAUUUACCCUACUAAUCAUACGAUAUCUUGUCAAUACCUAGUUACCUGGGGCCAAAAGAGAAUACGGGCGCUACCGCUCGAUGGUGAACAA